AUGUCUCUUGACCUCGAAAAGCAGCUCACCUUUUAUGGUGCAUAUCACCAUAACCAAGUGAAUAUUGUCAUUCACAUGGUAUGCGUACCGUUGAUCUUAUUUUCAGCAUUCGCAUUGGCAUCAAACUAUGGCCCUUUUUUCACACUGCCAUCAUGGCUCUCACUACCCUAUCUCACCCCAAACCUGGGCACAUUCGCAGCCAUGACAUGGGGAGCUUUAUAUCUCCUUCUUGAACCUGUCGCUGGAGGCGCCCUGGCCUUGAUCUGCCUCGCCUCCGCGGCAGGCACAAACUACCUCCGCAUCCAAUACCCGGAGAGUGCCAACCAGACCGCCCUUGCCAUCCAUAUCGUAUGCUGGAUCGCGCAGUUUGUCGGCCACGGCAAGUUCGAGGGUAGAGCCCCGGCCCUGCUGGACAACCUCUUCCAGGCCAUCUUCCUCGCUCCCCUGUUCGUCUGGCUCGAGCUUCUUUUCAUGAUCGGAUACCGCCCCGAGCUCAAAAAGCGUGUCGACAAGGCUGUCGCGGUUGAGAUUGCCAAGUUCCGCGCGCGGAAGGCUGAACAGGCCGAGAAGGCAAAGAAGGCUCAAUAA